GCACGUGCCCGCACCGGGCGCCCUCGGCCGAGCUCCGUGGCCAUGGACGUGGGCGCCGACGAGUUCGAGCAGAGCCUCCCUCUGCUGCAGGAGCUCGUCCUGGGCGCCGAGUUCGUGGGUCUGGACAUAGAGUUCACAGGCCUUCGGUCUAAUCUGUCCCGGCCCCAGCAGAUCAGCCUGUUCGAUUUGCCCUCCGAGUGGUAUCUAAAGACCCGGCAGAGUGUUCAGCAGUUCACAAUCUGUCAGAUAGGAUUGUCCGUGUUCUCCAGUAUUGAAGGAGAGUCUAACAAGUAUGUAGCCCACUCGUGUAACUUCUUUCUCUUCCCUACGACGUUUGGGGUUUUGGAUUCAGAGUUCUCUUUCCAGGCUUCCAGCGUCCAGUUUCUGAAUCAAUAUGGCUUCGACUACAACAAGUUUCUCAAAAAUGGGAUCCCAUAUAUGAAUGAGGAACAGGAGAAGAAAAUCAAACACAACAUCCUGACUGGGAACUGGAGAAUUCGCAGUUCUCUGGAUAAAGACCAGAUCAAGGUGGUGAUUGAUGAGGUGACCCGGUGGCUGGACCUGGCACAGGAGGGUGACUGGAUGACUCUCCCUGGGAUUGCUGGCUUCCAGGCCUUUGAGAUCCAGCUGGUGCUGAGGCAGGCCCUCCCUGACAUCUGGACGGUCCUGAGAGACCAGGGGAUAAUAGUGAAAAAAGUGAGUAAGCAGCAUCGCUGGUAUCUUGAGAACACCUCCUGUGAUCGAGAGAGCUGUUGGAAGGAGAAGAUUCUUCUCUCUGCGAGGGGUUUUUCUGUGUUUUUCCAGAUGCUGGUGAAAGCCCAGAAGCCCUUAGUGGGCCACAACAUGAUGAUGGACUUGCUGCAUCUGCACGAGAAGUUCUUCCGGCCGCUCCCAGAAAGCUAUGAUCAAUUUAAGCUGAAUAUCCACAACCUAUUUCCUGUUCUCAUUGACACCAAGAAUGUGACGAAGGACAUCUGGAAGGAACUGAAUUUCCCAAGGGUUUCAAAUCUUUCGGAAGUCUAUGAAGUCCUAAAUAGUGACUUGAAUCCUACCAAGAAUUCUGGGCCAGUGAUUAUUCACGCAAGCAAGUGCGAAAAAUACGCUGAGACCAAGUACCCACACGAGGCUGCGUACGACGCUUUCCUCUGUGGCUCAGUUCUUUUGAAAGUGGCACAUCUGCUCCUGUGGAGAGUACGUGGAGCGGGCUCCCUGCCUGAGCCGUCCUUCCCUCUGUACCUCGAUGUGCUGGCCCCCUACGUGAACCAGGUGAAUCUUAUCCGAGCCGGGGUCCCUAAGAUUAACUUUUCUGGUCCCGACUACCCCAGUAUCCGGCCUCCCAUCCUCCUCCUCAGCGUCCGGAGGUGGCCUGGGGUCAGCGAGCAGCAAGUCUAUCGUGAGUUUCAGAAUCUCUGCAAGUUUGACGUCCGGCGACUCUCACGGAGCCAGUUUCUGCUCUUGACCAAUAAGUUCAAGGACGCGCGGAGCAUCCUGAGGGAGUACCGGGCCCACCCCACGCUGCAGGUCUCCCUGUACCGCUACUGGAGGCACUCCCCGAACAUCAACUGCUUGUUACAAGUGUGCGGCGUGGUGGCCACCUGGGCGCUCCUGGCUCUUGUCCUCGGACGACCUGACCCCUGAGCGUGGCCUGCCGCCUCUGUCCCGCCUCUGCGCCACCCGUCGACCGUGGUCCGUGUGGGGCUCCUGGGGCCUCUGUGGAAAGAGUAUCUUUCUGGGCAGACUGAUCUAUGGGGUCCUUGUGGGGAACUUUGUUUUGAAUGUGAAAUUCUGUAACUAUUCUCGAUAAUAAAAAAAAAUCCUUAGAUGUGGAA